AUGAAACUUAGAUCUUCUAUAAUGCAUGACAACGUACAAAUUUCACACAUUGAAGUUGUUGUGAGUCCUCCUAUCUAUGCUUGCAACGUUUUCUUCCAGUUUACUUAUUAUGAAAAAUCAUUUCAUCGCCAAAAAGCUCUGUUCAGCAGCAUUUAUGAAAUGGGAGCGAUGAAAGAAAGUUUGGUUGAUUCUCUAGACCACUCCAAUAACACGAAAGAUCUACUGUUCUCCCCAAAUCUACAAAGAGAGGACCAGAGUCUAGGUAUUACAGAUGACAGAAAAUUUUCACUUGAUGAGAUUGUUCCUCUGUCUCAAGCCUGUAUCAAAAGAGAUUGGAUCACCGCUGAGGCUCUAAUCAAACAUCGUCCCAGUAUCACCCGUGAAGGCGUGAACCAAUCAACACUGGUUUCGAAACCGCUCUACACAUUGCUGUUGCUUGGAAGCACACCGAGUUUGUCAGAAAACUUGUUGCGGAGAUGCACAAAAAAAGAUUUAACCUUGUGGGAUUCUAAUGUGCGAACAGCAUUUGGUAUUGCUGCAGAAUCAGGGAACAUAAAGAUUGCUGAGAUUCUUUUUGAGAAGAAUAAAGAACUUCCAGUGAUUUGA